CGUCCUUCUCUCGAGCCAUUAUUUUGUCCUCAAAGCUACUGAACAACGGGCUGGACGCGUCGUUUAAUGAAUUAAAAUAUCAAACUCCGAAGGGAUAUUAUUCUCUUUGUCUACCACCGCGGACAUAAAUGGAGUGUAUCGGUCAGUAACUCGGUGUGUGGCAGGGCUGUUGGCUCCUCCGCUGGACUUGGAGGCCGAAGACGGAGUGACAGCCCCGUUAAAAGAAGCAGCAGCCUGGGUGUUUAUCUUGUUGGCUAGCCACCUAGCUAGCUUCAUAGACAGCGACGAGGGCAGGAAGAAUAAUUAAAAGGACAUAUUGAUAACCUCCGAAGGAAAUAACAUUGUUCUUCCUUGAAGCAUUCUACGCGAAGAAGACAUGGCACACCUACGAGACAUGCAAAACCAGAAUACCCGGUUGGAUCCUGAAGAGUACUUCACCAAGCAAGAGCGCAUUGGGAAGGGAUCCUUUGGAGAGGUCUACAAAGGCAUCAACAACCGCACGAAAGAGGUGGUGGCCAUUAAAAUCAUUGACCUGGAGGAGGCGGAGGAUGAGAUCGAAGACAUUCAACAGGAGAUCACAGUGCUGAGUCAGUGUGACAGUCCGUUUGUGACCAAGUAUUAUGGCUCAUACCUGAAGGGGACCAAGCUUUGGAUUAUCAUGGAAUAUUUAGGUGGAGGAUCUGCUUUGGAUCUGCUCCGUCCAGGGCCUCUUGAAGAGACAUACAUUGCCACCAUAUUGCGGGAGAUCUUGAAGGGCUUGGAGUAUUUGCACUCUGAAAGGAAGAUUCAUAGGGAUAUUAAAGCUGCCAACGUGCUCUUGUCAGAGCAGGGCGAUGUGAAGUUGGCAGAUUUUGGGGUGGCGGGACAGUUGACAGACACGCAGAUCAAGAGGAACACAUUUGUCGGCACGCCCUUCUGGAUGGCACCGGAAGUCAUCAAACAGUCGGCCUACGACUUCAAGGCUGAUAUUUGGUCGCUCGGCAUCACAGCCAUUGAGCUGGCAAAAGGCGAACCUCCCAACUCUGACUUACACCCCAUGAGGGUCCUCUUCCUUAUCCCCAAAAACACUCCACCCACCUUGGACGGACCUUACAGCAAGCCUUUCAAAGAGUUUGUGGAGGCGUGUCUAAAUAAAGACCCCCGUUUUAGGCCAACCGCCAAAGAGCUGCUCAAGCACAAGUUCAUCACACGUUACACCAAGAAGACGGCCUAUCUGACGGAGCUCAUCGACCGGUACCGCCGCUGGAAGUCCGAGGGUCACGGGGAAGAAUCCAGCUCUGAUGACUCUGAUAUGGACGGUGAUGGCGAUGUGGAUUCAUGCCCCAUGUGGACCUUCCCCACCGUCAGACCAAGCUCUAUGAAUAAGUUACAGAAGGGCUACACACAUACUGACUCAGAGUCAGGAGAUUCAGUGAAAAGGCAACCCAAGUCACAGUGCCUGUCCGCCUUGGUCACACCCAUCUUCAGAGAGUUGAAGGAGAAGCGGCGAGCAAGCGGCGGUGGAGUCGGGGCCAUUGAGGAGCUUGAGAACGCCUUCAACCUCGCAGAAGAAUCCUGUCCUGGCAUCUCCGACCGCCUUGUCACACACAUGAUGGAGAGAGUGUGCAGGUUUUCUUUAAACGGUAACACCACGCCAUCUUCACGAUGAAACCUCGCCCCUUUUGUCUUCUAAACCUGUCCAAGAAAUCAGACAAGGACCUCGGCAGCCCCAAACCUCCCUUCUGCUUUUAAAGCCUCCCCCAGAUCUUUUAUGUAGUUAUUAAAUAUUUUUACAGUUUUUUUCUUUCAGAGCGGAGAGUAUUUAAGACAAAAAAAAGCCAUGAAAGUUAGCACGUUGUGUGUACCCGUUAGACUGAAAAGGGUAUAAUAAAUUUAAUGGAAAAAAGUGUUUUCGGUCUUUUUUUCCCCCAAUUACACAAGCUACAUUUUAGUAGUUCUCCACAAACAUUGAAUUGAAACAACUGGACACUUCUUGGUAAAAAUUUCACAUUUUGUCCAAAAGGUUUCUUCAGUUCUAAACUUAAGAUGUGGAGUUAACCUAUUUAUGUCCCUGGUGGGUGUGUCUCCUGGAAGUGGUCACAAUAGGGUUGUUGUUGCCCGGCAUAACUGGGUAGUGGCCAUUCUUUCUGUUGAGAGAAUCUUUGGGAGAGAUGGUAGACACUGACAAUGUUGAGACAUUCUUAUAAGCAGACGUUAACUUAUUUGACCAUUUGUAAUUACUUUUAUUAUGAACUUAUUUGACCAUUGCCUUUGUAAUAAGGUGAUGGUGUAAACCUCCUCCUGUUUGAGGGCCGUUCUCGUUUGACAACAGCUUUUUUAACACCUUUCAAACCAGCGGUCCUCGCUAUCCAGAAUUUAGACAUUAUCCUCAAAAGGAAUGUACAUUCUAUUUGAGAGACGCAUGAACUGCUGAUUCUGGGCCUGACGAAACUGCUAUAUGAUGUGUAAGGGCAGUUUGGUCACUCCAAUGUACUGGUACUUGGGAUUUUGAAUCUGCCUGGACAACCGGUGAAACAUCCAACAAACAAGGUCCAGUUCCCUCAAUUCAACUUUCCCGGAUUAGCAUGACCUGGAUGAGUAUAGUAGUAAUAGUUAGAGUCCAUUGCUGCAUUUGUGAGAAUGUGCAAUAAGAUUACAUGUAUCACUGUUAUUUACGUCUAUAUAAAUUCAAGAGAUGCAAAUCUUCAUAGUUGAGUACCACAAGACUGUUUUUGUGACGAAUAAAACUUUUAUUACAACAUUUUGCAUCAAGAACAAUAUUUGGUACUUUAAUAUUGGAUAAAAACAGCUCAAAGAGGAAUGUCAGCAGCUCACAUUUUGGCUGGUGAGGGAAUGAAUUGUC